GUCACUUUUGUCGUUUUCACUCUGAAAAAAUCUUUUCACAUCAUUUACUGCACUUUUUGACGAACCUUUCAAGAUUUUGUUCAGUUAUUUUCAUUUUGGUAAUUAAAAAAGAAAAAAUCCGUCUAUAAAUAGUACUAGUAUUAGAGCAAGCAUUGAAGUUGAAAAAUAAAGCGAAAAUAAGAGGGAAAGAAAGAAAGAAACAAUGAAUCGUGGAAACCAGAGAGAGCGACCAUGUAUCCUCGAGUUUGACGGUGCAUCCAGUGGAAAUCCUGGAAAGUCUGGUGCAGGAGCUGUACUGCGUUCUGGGAAUGAGGUCCAUCGCUACAGUAAAGGACUGGGGACUCAAACAAAUAACUCUGCCGAAUAUCACGGUUUACUUUUGGGAUUGAAAGAAGCUAGUAACAAAGGGUAUGAUCAUGUUGAAGUCCGAGGUGAUUCUAAGCUUGUUUGCGAACAGUUUGCAGGUAAUUGGAAAGUCAACAACCCGAAUUUAAGGGAACUGCGCAAUGAGGCUCUGGACUUGAAGGGUAACUUUAAGUCCGUCGUUGUCCAACAUGUUCCUAGGGGAUCUAACAGAGAAGCUGAUGCUCAAGCAAGUUGGGGCAAAAAUCUUCAAGCUGGCCAAGUUGAAGAAGACUAUUACUACGACUGAUCAUCUGUGACAGCAUGCCACUGUCAAAACAUAUUGGCAACUAUGUUACUUUUCUUGUUUAGAUUGUGUCAACUAGUUAAGCAUUUAGGGUGGUCUUACAUUUGACACACUGCAUGUCAGGUGAAAUUCGGUUUGCAAUUUCAACAUUUGCUUUAGGGGUUUAAAAAUGCUGCUUUUGAUGUUUGGAUUUUAUGUUUGGAUGUUAAGUGAAUGUUUCUGAAUUUUCUA